AUGGUGAUGCUUCAGCUUUCUGCUGUAGUCCUCCUUGCGCUCAUCGCCCCCUCCCUCGCCGGUGACGCCGACAUGCUCCAGGACGUCUGCGUCGCCGACUUGGCAUCCCCGAUCAAGCUGAAUGGGUUCCCAUGCAAGGCGGACAUCACGGCAGACGACUUCUUCUUUGCCGGACUCAAGGGGGCUGGCAACACCAACAACGCGGCAGGGUCCAACGUCACGGCAGCAAAUGUACAGUCAUUCCCUGGGGUGAACACGCUUGGCGUGUCCAUGGCACGCAUCGACUACGCGCCGGGAGGCCAGAACCCGCCGCACACCCACCCGCGUGCCACCGAGAUCAUCUUCGUCACCGAAGGAGUCCUCGAGGUGGGCUUCAUCACCACCGCCAACAAGCUCUUCACUAAGACUGUCACCGUCGGAGACGUGUUCGUUUUUCCGCGUGGCCUCGUGCACUUCCAGCAGAACAGGGGGCGUGGCCCUGCAUCCGUCAUCGCCGGCUUCAACAGCCAGCUCCAGGGCACACAAGUCAUCACCACCACGCUCUUCGCUGCCGCGCCGCCAGUGCCUAGCGACGUGCUGGCCAAGGCCUUCCGGGUCAGUAACGAGGACAUCGACGCCGUCAAGGCCAAGUUCAGGUAG